CCCCUCGUAGCACGUUCAUCAUGCUGCCUCACAAAAUGGAUCGGAUGACAUUGGAUGACAACCUCACAAACCAACCACAAUGACAACUUCUAAAGAAGAGGGAAGCAAGGAUGCUGCCGCCGAUCCCACGACAACAGAGUUGCGUUCACUAAGCAAUGAUAAGUCCUGGCAGCUUUCGGUCAAUGAUAGAUGCGUUCGAAUUGAAUGCCUCGAACCGGACUGCAACUGGACGAUUUUGUCAUCGGCCGUUCUGAAUGGCGGGUUGCAAAAGAUCUCCUCCUCCUCGAAGCAGCGCAGUUCUUCUUUGCACAUUUUGAAUGCAAAAGUUCCAGCAGAAUACGAUGGGAUUUCCCCCGAUCCCAAGGAAUUGCUACGGCAAAUCGGCAGCAAAGAAAUCUCCAAUGCAAGGAACAGUAGCGCAAACGACACGACCAUUGGGUUGCUGACGGCAGCUUCCAUGAAAACCCUCCGAGUGGCAUCUACACAAGCAACCGGUUCUUGCGGCAAAACAUUCAUUGUCGAUGCAAUUGUCACGGCCGGAAUUUCCAACUCUCGAGUAGCAGGUGCCGAUGCUGAUAUGUUCUAUUUUGUGGCAGAUGAUUCUUCCAAUAGUAAUGCUGACGACUCGCCAGACAACGACCAGCCAAAAGACACGACAAACUUUGGAACAAUCAACACGAUUAUUCUUACUAACAUGGCGUUGGAUGAAUCCUCUGCUUUGAUUGAAGCGUACACUGUAGCAAUCGAGGCCAAGUGCCGCGCCGUCACGGAUCUUGGGAUCAAGUGUGCCAAACAUCCAAAUGAAACCGCAACAGGAACCGGAACGGACAGCACUGUACUAGUCACUCCUACUACGGACGACGAUCAAGAUGAAAGCAAAACAACAGCUAUUCCUUAUGCUCAAAAGCACACUUUGGUGGGUGAACUGAUCGGGCAAGCCGUGUACGAAGCGACCAAAGAAGCCAUGCAAACAAAUCUCACCGACUUCUACCGAGGCCAUGCCUAUCCAAGCCUAAUGUAUCGGUUGCGUUGCUAUCGAUUACAACUUUGGCACGCCUUGCAAGAGGGACAUCUUCCCUUGGUCCCUUCAAGGCCAAUGGUGCCAAUCCCAACGCCGAGCGGCUGGGUCUUGCUUGUAGGGGUGGUUGGAAUGAUUUGGACACUGGCAGUUCACAUAUUCUUGGUUGGCGGCGAAGAAGAUGCAGAAGCCGGACAAUGUCAAUCACAAGACUAUUCCAUCCUUCCAGAACAGGCCACUCCGGCUCCAUCUGCGAGUAUUCUAUUGGCAGUUCUUUGGGGGGACAGAUUUCUGGGUUCCCAUUUGAUGCCCCUGGCCAUACACCCAGUUGUCCUUGUCGGAAAGCUAAUCACAAAUCUUCUUCGACUGGUACCGGAGCCGUACUUUCAACCGACACAUCCAAUACUUGGCUUCUUGAGCGGUUGCAGUCUUUGGGGGUGUACAGCCUUCUUUUCCGUGGGAACGGCGUGGUGCGUGUUACAAUUGCCAAGACUGGCGGCUCUGCAUGUACCGACCAUGCUCGGACUUGCUGGUGUUGUCAAGACCAACUUGGAUUCAUGCUCUAGCACGGUCGAUCCUGGUUGGCCAACAACAAUCAACUCUUUUCUUGUGUUCGCCAACUGGAUACUUCAUGUAUUCCUUGUACGGGGGGCGUUGUCGCUCCAGCUCCUCUGUAAUGUAGCUCUUCAAAUGGCGCACUUUCUGGAACGUGGCCAGUUACAAAAGGCGAGAGCACAACUGUCCUGGCUUUGCAGCCGUGACCCUUCCCAACUACAAGCGGAUGAGCUAGCGGGUGGUACGCUGGAAUCCUUGUCAGAGAACUUGUCGGACAGCGUGGUAUCACCACUGUUUUACUAUGUACUCUUUGGGCCACUGGGAGCCUUUGCUUUUCGCACGAUGAAUACAUUGGAUUCCAGGGUCGGCUUUAGAGGUCGAUGCGAAUGGGUCGGCAAGUUUUCCGCACGAUGUGAUGAUUUGCUGAAUCUUAUACCAGCGCGGCUGACAGCCCUGCUCUUGGUGGUCGCUGCUGGCCUUCUGCAGCCUUCGAGUGGUUUUGCUCCAGUUAUACAAAAGGGACUAAGCGUUGCAUGGCGAGAUGCAAGUCAAUGCGAUUCCCCAAAUGCGGGCUGGCCAAUGGCCACCUUUGCCGGGAUUCUGGAUGUGCGAUUGGAGAAGCGAGGGCAAUACUCAUUGAAUGGACCCCCGAACGGCGGCACUGGCAAGGCGCCAGGCCAUCAAGACAUUCGACGAGGUCACACCAUUGCUCAGCUUGCGGGGAUUCUGGCUUUUCUUGUGGCCAUGGCUGCAUCUGCAAUUUGGAAUAGCAUAUAAAGUUAACCUUCCAUCCUCUUGAAUAUCGUUGUUUCCUUCAUUCGCUCUCUUAACUUCAUCCUUUCUUCCACG